AAGCCGUGCCGCGUGGUUCCGUUCCAUUCAGCUAACUUAAAGAGGGUGAGUGCGCGCGCGAGAGCUUCCGCGAACCUCCCUGUCCCUGUGUGUGCGCGUAUGUGUCUGAAGAGGACAGCCGUGAUCUCUGGCUCGUACGUAGAGGUGUUCGGGACCAGGCGUCGAUCGUGUCAACCGAAUAUUACGAUGCGGUGAAGUGGGUAGGCAAGGUGUCCUGGGCGCGGCGUCUCCGGCGGAAGGAAAAGAGCCUAGCAAGCUGGCCGGCAUGUGCACGCAGUACACCGCCGCCGCCGCCGCCGUUGUCCUCGCGAUGUUCCUUUGCCGGAUCUGCUCCGCCGAGCAGCGGCAGGCCGGGUCCUCGCACGCACUGGAUCUCUGCAACGCCACUGCCGACGGACGGGACCUCGUCUGCCGCGGUGCCGGCCUCCUGUCCAUCCUGGAGCCACUGGACCCAGCCGUGCUCGCCUCCGCCGUCAACCUUACUAAACUAGACCUGACGAACAACAACAUAACAGACAUUCCAGUCCGUGCCUUCCAGCGAAUUUCCAGUCUUGAAGUGUUAUUACUCCGACGAAAUCACUUGCACACGAUCGCCGACGAUGCAUUCGCGAACUUGACGAGCCUUCGAGUAUUGGAGCUCGAUGACAAUUAUUUAACAAAAAUUCCGACCGCGAUCGUAAACCUCUCUGGCCUUGAAGACCUGUCCCUGUCGAACAACAAGAUCGAGACGCUGGACGGACGAGUCUUUCAGCGAGUCACUAAUCUGUUGUCGCUGGAUCUACGCGGGAAUCCCAUCAAGAAGAUCCACGAGGACGCUUUUCGGAAUCUUCGGAAGCUUCGUAAGCUGAUCCUCUCGAACUUGAAGGAGUUGCGGAUAUUCCCGAAUCUAAAUGGGACACGAUCGUUGGAGGUGCUGAGAUUAGACCGGGCCCAAAUCACGAACGUUCCGGCGAACUUGUGCGAGCAGUGCCCAAGAUUGAAGAGUCUCGAUCUGAAGUCGAACUAUCUGCCCGAGAUGCCGGAUUUGCGGAACUGCAGCGAGCUGAGAGUUCUGGACCUAGCCAGUAAUCAGAUCUCCUCGUUACUGGACGAGCAGUUCCGAGGGCUGAACCUGCUGCACGAUCUCCUCCUGUCGAACAACAAGCUGAGGGUCAUUUCCAGCGACACGUUCGUCGGGCUGCCGAGGCUGCAGGUGUUAGACCUGGAGAGCAAUUACAUCGAGUACAUACACCCGGACGCCUUCAAGGAGACCAAGCACCUGGAAGACCUAAACCUAGGAAAUAAUGUGUUCCCAGCGCUGCCAACGUUAGGGCUGUCCGGUCUUCUGCACCUGAAGACGUUCAAUAACCCCGCGCUCAGGGAGUUCCCCUCGCCGGAACGGUUCCCCAGGGUGCAGACCAUGGUGCUCUCGUACGCGUACCAUUGUUGCUCGUUUCUCUCCAUCGAGGUGGAGGAGCCGGUCACGAAAUCCUCCGUUCAAGAGUCAAUCCUGUUCCCGACCGACAACGAGUUCGACAUGAGCCUAUGGAACUCGAGCUUCUCCGAUAUCUGGCCUCAGCUGAAUAACAUGACCGACAAAUUCAGCUCGCGAAUAAAUGAACUUUGGGCUAACUUUGGUUCAGAUUUUACGUACCCUGGUAACCUGCCCUCAUAUGUUGAGGAUUAUUUUGAAGAGCAGAACAGCCGCGUCACGCUGCCAGCGCGGACGCUGCCGUCGCACGUUCAGUGCCUGCCUCAACCAGGUCCCUUUCUGCCAUGUCAAGAUUUAUUCGAUUGGUGGACGCUGCGUUGCGGAGUAUGGGUAGUUUUUCUGCUCGCCAUGCUCGGCAAUGGCACGGUCGUUUUCGUCUUAAUAUUCUCCAGGAGCAAGAUGGACGUUCCCCGGUUCCUGGUUUGCAACCUGGCUGCAGCGGAUUUUUUUAUGGGCAUAUAUUUAGGUCUCCUAGCAGUAGUGGACGCGUCAACGUUAGGCGAGUUCCGGAUGUACGCGAUCCCCUGGCAAACAUCAGCGGGCUGCCAGCUAGCGGGCUUCCUAGGCGUGCUGAGUUCGGAACUCAGCGUGUACACCCUAGCAGUGAUCACACUGGAGCGUAACUACGCGAUAACUCACGCGAUGCACCUGAACAAGCGUCUCUCCCUGAAGCACGCGGGCUACAUCAUGACAGUCGGCUGGUGUUUCGCGCUGUCGAUGGCCACCCUGCCGCUGAUCGGCGUCUCGGACUACCGCAAGUUCGCCAUCUGCCUGCCGUUCGAGACGACCGGCAACGCCGCGCUGGCGUACGUGAUCUUCCUGAUGCUGAUCAACGGCGUGGCGUUCCUGAUCCUGAUGGGCUGCUACCUGAAGAUGUACUGCGCGAUCCGCGGCUCGCAGGCGUGGAACUCGAACGACUCGCGCAUCGCCAAGCGGAUGGCGCUGUUAGUGUUCACGGACUUCCUCUGCUGGUCCCCCAUAGCGUUCUUCUCCCUGACCGCGACAUUCGGGUUGCAGCUGGUGUCCCUAGAACAGGCGAAGGUGUUCGCGGUGUUCGUCCUGCCGCUGAACUCCUGCUGCAACCCGUUCCUCUACGCGAUCCUCACCAAGCAGUUCAAGAAGGACUGCGUGCUGAUCUGCAAGGCGAUCGAGGAGUCCAGGGUGACUAGGGGGAUCGGCAGGUGCAGGCACAGCUCGAACUUCAGCAACAGGCAGACGCCGGUGAACACUAACAGCCUGAUGGACCGCUCGUCCAGGGACAAUCAGACGCCGUGCGCGUGCAACUCGAGGCUGCUCGAGACUGGCCAGUGCUCGGGCUACCGGCGAUGGGGCACGGGCAUCCUGUGGCCAUGCGCGAAGGACACCAGGCCGCGACACACCAGGAGCGACCAGUACGCCUACCAGAUCGCCGAGAUCCAGCAGAAGCAGCACAAGCGAGCCUCCUCGGUCUACUCCAGCGAGAACUUCUCCUCGUCGCGCUCGGACUCCUGGCGGCAGACCCACCACUGCGGCAUACCGCUGCGGCUGCUGGACCCCAAGAGGAGAGCGUCGUCCUGGCUGAUCACCAGGAAGCCGUCGCAGGACUCGAACCUCAGCUCGUCGCGCAACGACUCCUCCGGCUCGGCCACCACCGCCAGCACCAGCACGUGGAGGAUCUCCAGGUCCAGCGCCUCCUUGGAGAUCUCCGCGAGGAACACGCCCAGGCCGGCCAGGUCGAAGCCGAGGCUCACGCGCCAGCUGGCCAUCCAAGAGCCAGAGCCACCUGGAUCCCCCAGCAGACUGGCGGUCAGGCUACUCGCGACCAUACCCUCCGCCGCUGAAACCAGCGACCAACAGGACGACGACAACGCGCAGACCUAGGGAAGGAGUGGGAGAAUAGGCGCUGAUCAAGGGUUUCAGUAUUAAGCGUCCUGACGCGUGCACUGCUGGAGAGUAGAGGAUCACUCCCGUUGACCCUGGACAGACUGAGGUUCCUGAGAUCGUUGAGACGUUGAGUUGUUCUUGGGUAGCGUUUAGGACAUUAUUUAUUGCCGUGUGGCUGUAGUUGUUCGAAGGCGAAUUAUAGGAGCGUUGCUGCUCAGUCUCGAGGCUUGAUCUUGCUAGGGUUGACAGUGGAUAACUGACAGCGGUAGGUUGAGCUAAGUAACGAAGCCAAAAUGAGAGCAACGAGAGUCUUCCCGGAAACGACACGAACGAUCCGAACUGACAAGUGCAACGAUCUCCUACGUUGACCGUCCGUUCGCCAGGCGCCGCCGAUGCGUACUGUAGUCACAUUCGUUGAACGCCGCCGUGGAAACGGCGCGUGACUUUAACGCGUUAACUGCCGGGGUGCAAUCUCUUUGUAAGCGAACCUUUACACUCGUCGUCGUUUGAGGUUAUCAUUGGACUGAGGAUGUUUAUACAUGUUCACAUUUCUUUCUUUUUCUUUAGGUAGGCUUGUUAAAUUAUUAUUUACCUCUACUCUAGUUACUCUUGUAUUCUUGUUGGAGUACACUGUGAACGUAUAGUACCAACAGUCCAGCGCAAACGUAACGCCAUAACAGUUGGGAAAGUAGUCUUGGCACUGGAUUCACGGAUGUUUGUUGUUAGCUUGUUCUAUUAUUAUUAUAUUAUAAUAUUAUAUAUAUUUAUUAUUUAUAUAAUAUUAUAUAAUAAUAUAUUAUUAUAUAUGUUCUACUGUUUAUAGAACAAUUGAUGUUCGUUUAGAUUUCUGAAAUUAGGUUUAAACGUAGAUGACUAGGAGUCAUGUUAGCACUGCAUUAAUCAAAAUCGACAGACACUAGCAGAUAAUGUUUAAAAUUCAAUGCUCCGUGAAUCUAGUGUUAAUGCCGAGGAUAAACGAGUGUCAACUGCGAGCCAGUGAACUUACUCGUACUGUCAACUUAGCACGUUGAAUGCCACAUAAUGUCAGAGCAAAAUACACAAAAUGGAAGAUAUGAUGUUAACCCUCUACGGGCCAAAUUUUUAUUCAUGAUUAUAACAAAAUGUAUGCAGUACAAAAUUGAUGAGUAUCCACAUAUGAAUACGAAUUAACAAUGUAUUCAAUAGCUUCAAUAAUUUCAUCAAAAUAAAUCAACAAGAUGCCAAUAUACUGAUGUGUGACUUUAAAGUUACAUGGGCCUACAGAGGGUUAAAUCAUUGAAUUGAAUCGCACUAUCAUUGCACGUUCACCUAGCUGAAUGCCUGCGUUAGGUAGCAUUUUAUUAUUAUUAUUAUUAUUUACUAUAUAGAAAUAUUUUAUUAUUUACAAUAUAGAAAUAUUUUCAAAUCAUUUAAUUGAGCUGACUCCGUGGCAUUCAACGUGUUAACAGUCGUCCUGAAACUGCCGAAGUAUUCUUCAGUAUUUUCACUGCCAAAAUUGAGGUCCACGAGGACCUCAUCAGCAUUUCCUUUGGAACGAACCACGGAUCUUUCUACAAGUCCAAAUAUUCAAGAACGUAUCUAGGAAAAUAGAAUUACGAUGGAAAAUCAUUUUCCCUUGAGAAUACUCUGAACAUCACUAGUCUGAAUAUCGUCUGUCUUUCUUAGUAUCCUGUGCAUUCUAUGUGCACUUUGAAAUUUCCCAUGAGCGCAUCGGAAUCAGUCUAAUCGCAAUUGAACCAAGGAUGUUAACGUGUUAACCUCGCGAAUUAACAAUACUCGGCGAUCACCGACUUAACACGCUACCAGCGUCACAUAUUUAACAGUCGUAAUCCCAUAUUUUACGCAAUGAAAAUAAAAUGAAUGGAUAUUAUUAGAAACGAUAAACUACAUUAUAUUUAGGAACUCAGUUUCAGUUUCAUCUCUCUAAUAUUCUGUUUAGAUUCAUUGGAUUGUAAAGAAUAUAAUUAACUCUAAUUGCACCACGUGUUUUUAUAACGUAUCAUACCAUCAAAUUUUAAAAGCUCCAAAGAAACUGUUGGAAAUGCAAUAUAAAAUAAUGAAAAAAUUUAAGGAAAAAGUUCAAAUGUGACUCAGAGUCACUGAAACAACCGCUGGUAGCGAACGUUAAUUUGACGCGCGUUAAUCUAGUUCAAAGAGUCCUGACCGAGGAGAAAGUUUCUCUUGGUAAAAAAAAAAGAGAGAAACGAGAAAGGGAUCCUAGACCGGUCAAUUGUCUUUCGGAGGUUCACCAUAGACGCAGACCUCGGAGGUCGUGUAACUUUAACCCUUAGCAGUCCUGUGUCGAGUCAGUCUCGACAUUCCAUUUUAUCGCAACCUCUACCUUUUAACAAUUUUUUCUAUAUUUAUUUGUAGUAUCACAAUUGUACCAUUUAGUGGUAACAUUUCAAUGACUCCCAAAUAUUGAAUAAAUAAAUAGAACGUCAUGUUAAGCCGUAAUCGAAUGAACCAACGUCGAAAUCUCAAAGUGAGAAGCCAGAAGCACUUCGGACCGCAAAGGGUUAAAGUUCACGUCGAACUUGACGUUCCGUAGAGUUCUCGAUUGAGAUGUAGAGCGAGUUAAAAGUAUUUAUUGAUAAACUCUAAGGACACACGGUGCGUUUGUUUCUCUUGAUUUUGUUCGUUCGCCUUCCGUGAACUCGGAAUUCUCACCGGGGAGAUGGGGAUCAGUCGCUUCGCCCGUUAACAAAUUUUUGCGUUUUGCGUUUACCAUAAGACUGACGGUUUAUACGGUUCGUCCCGGCCAAUUUGGUAGUUCUAGCGUUAACUGUCCGACGGUUAAUUUAUUUUGUAAACGAUUUGUUAGUUACCACUGAACUGCGGUUGUCACGCAGAAUACCGUGGAGCAAUAACUAUAGUCAUCAAUGAUUAUACCUUGGAACAUACAUCGACAUAGCGUAAGACUGGAAUUUUCUCUUAUUUUCAAUAAAUUAUGAGCAACAAAGUAGUCGGUUGGACAGUUCAGAAAGAAAUAGGGCAAAGGGUGAAUGAAUCUUAAAGAAACCGCCCUAAAAUUAUUAUUUUUCGCUGGGAAUAUAAAAAUUAGCAGUUGCUGAUAGAUCACAAAAGGAGUGCUAAGUGUUGAUGUCUCCUUCGAUUCGUUAAUAGCCGACGUUACACUAGAUUAACACAUCGAACUGAAUUUUGUCAGAUGCAUUAGAUAUAGAAAGAACAGUAGAGCAAUCGUCACGAAGAACUUCGACCGGUUAGUUUCUGUUUUAGUAUGAAAAUUAUUUCGAUUGCGUGGAGGUUUCGGUGAAUGCUUGUUUGGCAGUCAACGUGUUAAUGCCGGUUUAAUCAUUGUUGCAGCUAGUUGAUUGUUAGGUUGCAGGUAGAUCGUUUUAGCCUAAAAGAGGAUUAUAAGAUCGUUAUACAGAGUGGUGUAAUUAUUGUCACUUGCCGAUUAUAUUCCAUGAAAUCGUUUCUGUUGAUUAUUCCUUGGAAUUUGAAUACCGAUGUAAUUGCAAUUGAAAUUCAAACUUGUUGAUGAAAUUAUUGGAGAUAACGCAAGAUUUCUUUGUGUUCGAGGUGACAAUAAUUACUGGACCACACUGUAGUGUGCAAAUGUUUAUAUACGCGGUUUUUGCAUUUACAUAAAUGAGAGAUGGAGAGGAAGGGAGAGAGAGAGAAAGUGAGAGAGAGAGAGUGAGAGAGAAAGACGCUCCAUAGUAUUACCACUUACUGGAUCUUAAUUCUGUGGUAGGAUACGUUCACCCCCUUCGAUGCGAUCGUUUCCAUUGUUCGUUCACAGCGACCGCCGUUUCUUCGUUCGAGCGUGUUUUGCGUGUUGUGUGUCCGGCGCGAACUAUUUAAUAACGUUUUUCUAAUAAAAGGAAAAGAAACCAAG